AGUACAGAUUCUUGCCGCCAAUCUUCUCUCUUCAACUUUACGUUUAAUUUCCGUUCUCAUCUCUCUAUUAAUAAACCCUAACCCCUCCACAUUCUGAAAGGCCCUCCGCCGAGAAUCUCGAAAUGCCUCCGUUAAACGAAGAAUUCUCCGAUACCGAUUCCGACGACGGGUUCAGCGAAGAUAUGGAAGCGUUGAAGAGGGCUUGCCAAUUAACCGAGGAAAAUCAUAUCGACCACCAGCUUGCCGCCACUGAAGUUGCUGGUGUAAGUGCGUCGGAGGAGGCGGAGUCGGAUGAAGAGGGAGAGGAUGACCUUCAAUUGGUGCGGAGUAUUCAGAAACGGUUCGCGGUUUCUAUGGAUAUGGAGGAGGAGCCUCUGACGAUGAAGCCUUUGUGUACGUUGCCGCCUGACUGGUCUGAUAACGAUGAUUGUGAGGAUGAUUAUGAGACCCUCCGAGCUAUUCAGCGGCGUUUUGCCGCUUACAAUGACGGCGGCUUGAAAGACAACUUGGAGGACUUUGUGCAUAGACCUGUGCAGGUGGGUGCUACUAUCAUAGAUUCGGAAAAGGAAACUUCUGAUAGCUUUCCUGAGAGAACUAAUGCUCGAGAAGGGUUUCUCAAUUGUGUAGAUAAAAAUGAACCUACUGGCCAGAAAUCAGAAGCAUGUGAUGAUGCUGGAAGACUGCAUUCUGAUUUAUUAGAAUGGAAUGGGCCAGGAAUUGAUGAUGUGGUUGGAUUGCCACUCAAAAGCUCUCACUUCCCAAAGUCUGCUGUGGCAUUUGUUGAUGCUAUCAAGAAGAACAGAUCUUGCCAGAAACUGAUAAGAAAUAAGAUGAUGCAAAUGGAAGCCAGGAUUGAAGAACUCAAAAAGCUGAUGGAACUUGUCAAAAUCCUCAGAGACUUUCAGGUAGCUUGCAAAAAGAGGACUGGAAGAGCUCUGUCACAAAAAAAGGAUGCUCGCGUACAGUUAAUAUCAGUGCCAAAACUAAGGGCAAACACGAAGCUCAAUGACCAGAAGAUCCCUGCUGUAUCUAAGGGCCCUCCGGAGAAUUUACAGGUUGCACAUUACAAGGAGGCAUUGGCAACAUUUGCUGUCUCUGUUAGUCGAGUGAAGUGGUCAAAGGAAGAGAGUGAAAAUCUUGUGAAGGGUGUCAGACAACAGUUUCAGGGAAUGUUGCUUCAGCGAUCUGUUGAUCUACUCAGCGAGGCAGAUGGAUCCUACGAUUCUAGUAAUGUUGAUAGCAUCAUGUUAUCAAUUAAAGAUAUUGACAUAACACCUGACAAAAUAAGACAAUUCUUGCCUAAAGUCAAUUGGGAGCAGCUGGCAGCUAUGUAUCUUCCUGGUCGUUCUGGUGCAGAAUGUCAAGCAAGGUUUCUAAACUUUGAAGACCCAUUAAUCAAUCAUAAUCCAUGGACUGCAAUGGAGGACAAGAAUCUUUUGCACAUUGUACAGCAGAAGGGACUAAGUAACUGGAUAGAUAUUGCUGCAUCACUGAGAACAAAUAGGACCCCUUGUCAGUGCCUAGCACGCUAUCAAAGGAGCCUUAAUGCUUCAAUACUCAAGAGAGAGUGGACCAAGGAUGAAGAUAACCAACUUCGGUCUGCUGUAGAAAUUUUUGGUGAGAGUAAUUGGCAACUUGUUGCUUCUGUGAUGGAAGGAAGAACAGGUACCCAGUGCUCUAAUAGAUGGUUGAAGACGCUUCAUCCAGCCAGACAAAGGGUUGGAAAAUGGACUUCAGAGGAAGACAAGCGCUUGAAAGUUGCUGUAACCCUUUUUGGCCCAAGGACAUGGAAAAAAGUAGCUAGGUGUGUGCCUGGUCGGACACAGGUGCAGUGCAGAGAAAGAUGGGUCAAUUGCUUAGAUCCUCUGCUGAAUAUGUCCAAAUGGACUGAAGAAGAAGAUUCAAAGUUGGAAGCAGCCAUUGCAGAGCAUGGAUAUUGCUGGUCCAAGGUUGCUGCAUGUAUUCCUCAUCGUACUGAUAAUCAGUGUUGGAGGAGAUGGAAGGUUUUGUUUCCAAACGAAGUUCCUCUACAUGAAGCAGCUAGAAAGAUACAAAAGGCUGCAUUGAUAUCAAACUUUGUUGAUAGGGAGUCUGAAAAACCUGCCCUUGGACCUAGUGAUUUUGUAUUGCCAGAACCACAUCGUCUUACUGGAUCUGAAAAUGUUGAUCCUGCUAGGAGAAAAAAGAGAAGAUCAAGGUGGAGGAAGGCAGAUGAACUUGCUGAAAAAGAUGCUCCUUGUGGUGAUAUUUGUUCAGAACAAUCUCCAAGGUUAACAAAUGGCAGUGAGGUGGACCAUGCGCAAGGUAGAUCUACGCGUACGAAAGGAAGGGGUACCAAUUCACGUUCAGUGAAGAAAGUUGCUGGUUCUUCAUCAUACAGUGAUUUAUCAUCUUGUCCACAUACUGACGUAAAACCAGAAUCUGUAGAUGGUGCCCAUGCCGAGCAUGCAAUUUGCCAAGGAGAGAGGGCAACUGAACCAGUCUCAGAGCAAUGCGGACAUUCUAAUCCAACAGAAGAAUGUUUGCAACCAACUCCCAGAUGUUCAAAUUUGCCAAGGAUAACUGUGGCUGCUGAGCUUGGUGGACAUGAUGCCACCCAAAGUAUGAAGGUCUCUAAGCUGCAUCCAAGGAGGAGACAUGGUAAAACAGUUGGGGGAGUGCCAGAAACUCUGGCUAAACAAGUUGGGGAUGCGACCAUCCCAAAGACGAAUAAGAAAAUGGUAAAGGAGAAGAAGAAACAAAAUGAUGCAACAGAUGAUCAUGCAUCAUCUUUCCCUGACUCAGCAUCACUGAUGGACAUUAGGAAAGAGAUGGAGGCUGUUGGCAGAAUUAAAGCUAGGAAAAGUAAGAGGACAGAAGGAGGUGACUGUGUAUCUUUGGAUGUUGAUCCGAGUGUUGAUUUAGCUCCUGCGCACUUGCAAACCAAUACGGAUGUUCAUGGGGAUGGAAGUUUAGAAGUUCUAGGAUAUAAAUCAUCUUCAUGCCAGGUGGAAGUUAUCCCUGAUCAGGAUGUCAGGAGCAACACUGCCAGUGCAGUAUCAGGGAAUUUGCACGAUUCUGCCAUAUAUUCUGAAAGGACUGGUGAGCUGCAGCAUAAGGAAAAUGCCAUAAUGGUAUCAGAAAUGGAAGUGGAUAACGACACACUUGGUUCAUUCCUUGUUAAAUCAGGAGCUGAUGGAACAAAAUUUUCUUCAGCAAAGGUUGAUAAGUUGCUGAGAAAGGUGAAGAAGACGUCUCAGGUACACAGCAAUUCUAGAGCUGCCAAUAUCUCUGUCUCUAAUCAGCUUAAAAGACAACGACUGAAAAAUGGGACUGAGACAUCAGUAGAAGCUGGAUCUAGAAACAAGGAUGAAGCUCGCCCAAAUCAGGUGUUAGAAGCCGAGGCUGGGGAUGACACAACACUUGCAAAUUUCUACAACAGAGUAAAGAAGAGAAGAACUGAUGCUCCCCAGAUGCAGCAGCCAUCCUGUUAGAAGGGGGGUCCCAAAGCUCAAGAAAUCCGAAGUUGAGGCUUGUGAAAGUUUUAGUAAUGUGAUUGAUUCCUUAUCGUUUUGUACUUUAUAUAAGGGUACAUUGUCCAGUGGAUUUGAGAUAGUGGUUGCAUCCACUGCAGUGGCAUCUUCAAAAGACUGAUCAAGUAAUCUGGAAGCCCAGUUCAGGAAGAAGAUUGACACACUAUCAAAAGUGAAUCAGAAGAAUUUCAUCAGUCUACUUGGUUAUCACAAGGAAGAGGAACCUUUGACUAUGAUGAUGUUUUUUGAGUAUGUGCUCGAUGGAAUUCUCUGUGAGCAUCUAUACAAUACGCUGCCAAAGUAUCCAACUUUGUCUUCCGGGACGAGGGGGCUGCAGCUGAGAGACAAUCAAGUCCCCAAAGAAAUGUUUGUAACAUUGGUGUCAUGCUAUGUGAGAGGAUAAACGGUAAGCACCCAUAUUCAGCCGGUAGUGAUUCAUCUGAAGACUGGGCAUCUGAUUAUCUUAGGGCAGGAAAACCUCUCAGACAAAUAUGAUCGAUCCGUCUCUCAGAACAAAUCAAGAACAUCAACCUAAACAGAUUGCUACUGUGAUCAAGUCGUGUGUUGAUCCUGAUUCAAGACAAAGGCCGAUACAGGAGAAGUUUGUGCCCUUUGAGAGACAUAACAGGGGUAGGAUCCUCGCGGAACAAUUUUGACCUCUUUGGCGGGCAGAACUUGCAAUUCUUUCAACUGAGGCUAAAUGAAUGGGUUUGAAAAUGUGAUAAUGAAAUCUUUCUUUCUAACUUGCGUUUCUUGUAUUUGGAGGUAGAUAAAAAACAGUAUGGAUUUUGCCUUCAUAUUGCAUUUUUAAAUUUCAAAUUUUGAGUUUGAUUUUUUGAUUUUAUCAUAUGAACCUGUUUGAUGUUAUCUAUUUCUUAUU